CAAAACUCAAACUUGUGGGAGGACACAGUAAGAUCUAUUUCCAAAACCGCAUUCAAGCAGAAUCAUAGCUUGAAGGUUCAUUUUAUUGGGGAAGAGGCCGCGGACGAAGGAGGACCAAAGAGAGAUUUCUUGCGUCUCGCAAUGACGGCUGUCUGCAAUUAUUCCGGGGUGCUACAAGGCCUAGAGUGUCGGAAAACCUUUAGCAAUAAUCCAUUGUUGCUGGAACGUAAGGCCUAUUACUGCGCUAGUCUUGUUACUGGAAUGUCACUUCAACAGGGGGGACCAGGACUACACUGUCUUUCACCUUCGCUGUUUGACUAUUUUGUAGCUGGCCCAUCUUCGUCCAGGGCAAUACCACUGGAUGUGGCAGACCAUGACAUGAGAAAGAAAAUUGAAAAGGUAAAACUGGCAGACGCGCGUCUACAUGAAUUAAUGAUAACUCGUACAUAGAAAUAAAAACGUUAGCGAGAAACUUUAAAAAAGGGAAAAAAAUUGACACAGCAUCAACCUAACGUAACUGAAUUUUAAUUUCAGGAAUCGCAAAAAUGUUAAGUUAAACUCUUCUUCAAGCUUGUUCGUUUCGUGUCAAUCGAGGAAACUUAUCGCAGACGUAUUAUCAGCGCGUCUCAUCAAUCCAAGUCCUUUAACACGGGAUGCCUGUUUUUGCCACUUUAUUUUUAGCGCAAACCUUCCCGCUGCUAUCAUCAGCUUACAUGUUCUUUUUGUUUUGCAGAUAUCUGAAGCUGUCAGUAAGAACCAAUUUGAUCGAGCAGUAAGAAAGGAGUCUGAAUUCAUUAUCGAGAGUGGAAUUAGUAAAAUUAAUUGGGAUUUUAGUUAAAAGAGCGAACUAGAGCCUCUCUUGACUAGAGUUAUUGCUGUGUAAAAGUUUAGUCAUUUAUCGUAACAAGGGAGCCUUAGAUCAGUUUCUUGAAGGCCUUCAGCGGGUAGGCCUUAUAAACUAUCUCAAGGAAAAUCCAACAGGGCUUAAAGACGUGUUUUGUAUGUCACCCUUUCCUCUUACUGUGGAUUCCUUUCGGAUAAACUAUUCAGAUCCUAGCAACAACAGAGGCAAUCAGGCAAGAGAGGGGGAAGAGGCCACCAUUUUGUGGUGGGAAGAGUUUUUGGACAACCUCGAUCAGUCCGAUCCACAAGGACUUCUCCCGCAGCUUUUAAUUUUUAUCACGGGUGCCGACAACAUUCCCGUUUUGGGAUUUCCCAAAAAUAUUGACAUCGAUUUUUUUGAUAUAGAACCCAGGUCACGUUGUUUUCCUACGGCUUCCACUUGCGGCCUACAGUUGCAAUUACCAAGAGGCAUUCACUCCUUUGAUGAAUUUGAGGACUUACUGUUCGAGCUUUAAAAGAGGGCUCCCAUGGUUUUGGUAAACUUUAGGAAACGUUAAACUACGAACGUGGGUUUUCAACAAAGGGACCACUAGGUGGACUAUUGAUCUAAAGUUACUGUAACAGUGUGAUGAAGGAUACAAUCAAGAAGGCUGUAUUUUGCUCGAUUUAAGGAAAAGUACGUGUAUUGCGCAGUGAAGCAACCACAGAGGCUAUUUUAUACAUAAUGUUCAUUCAAAAAUCAUUUAUCUAACUUGAGUGCCAAAUUGUCAAUAAACUUGAUUACUCUAAUACUCUAUUCUUCAUUGAUAUCUUACUUUAGUAAUAAAAUGUAUUAAGCAAGCAAUUCUUCCCUGGCGUUAUUCAUGAUGAUUUAUGCCAGUUCGAAAGGAUUGUCGUGAACAUUCUAGUUAUGGUCAGUCGGAAUGCCUCCUUUUCUUACUUUCUCCUAGAUUACAUUGCAAGCUGCGAAAGGUCAAAGUAUAGUUUCAGUGCUUCUUCCCAGUUGUUUGGCGGGAGAUAGCCUCGAUUAUUCAUUAGGUAUCGCGCCUAGGCAUCGAAAUCAGAGCUGCCACUCAAAUUAACUGGUUUUUUGGCCCGUAAAACUUUAACAGGCGAUGAAGGCGUCAACAUGUCUUCACCACCUAUAAGGAGAAUUAACUGCACAACAUCAAGUUACUAGUGAAAAUAAUAACAGCAAAUUACGAUAGAAUGAGGAGUUAUCUCAGGGAGAGAAUGUUCUUAGUAGAUAGGUACCUAACAGGAAAACCAGUCGCAAAACACUACGAAUUUUUACAAAAUUUUCUUACAACUUUCGUCCUGAUUGGGCAAAAUCCGCUCUUUGUUGUAUAAUCCUUAAAUGAGACUGGUUCAGGCUUUUACGGAAAGGCAUUUACUCUUUGUAUUAUAGUUUUGACAUACUAUUUUGUUUUUACAGACAGUGACGGUCACAUCAGCGCAGGAUCUUUUGCUGACUAAAGCUGCUGAAAGACAAGAAAUGAGAAAACAACAACUGAAAAACUAUUGCCUAAAACAUAAUGAUCAAAAGUUACCCUGGGAUAAAAAACGAGAACUCAAGCAAUUUCUCAUCGACGAUGACAAUAAAUUUAUUUACUGUGCCGUUCCUAAGGUGGGAACCACACCCAUGAGGAUGACGCUACUGCGUUUGAGGAACGACAGCAGAUUAAAACUUACGGAAGGUUCAGUUCAUUCUCCUAAGUUUUGGAGACGUUUAAGUGAUAAAGAAUUCAACGCAACGGAGUUAUCUAAGCGGCAAAAUACACAUUUCAAGUUUUUGUUUGUUCGCGAGCCGUUUCACCGACUUUUAUCUGGCUACAAAGAUAAAUUCAUGGGAAGAAACAGACGUUACACCAAUCGAUUUCGUAAACUGAUAGUGAAAGCUUUGAGGCCAAAGGACGAGGAGAAGGUUGCAACAGAGACAAAUAACGUUAAAUUCACCGAGUUUCUUACGUAUCUCUUAUCUGAUAGAAACCCGACGAUUCACGAUGGUCACUGGAAGCAAGCACAAAAACUUUGCUUUCCUUGCGCUUUUGACUUCGACUUUAUUGGCCAUUUUGAGACGCUUCAAGAGGACGCCAAUUAUUUGCUGAUCAAAACAGGUUUUAAUGGCCGUGUUAAAUUCCCAGUUGUACGCACGUCACAGGUUUCUAGUGAUUUUUUGGAGUAUUACUCAGAAGUUCCAAAGGAAAUUAUAUUCAAGCUUGGAGAAGCUUUCAGAAGUGACUUUGAAAUGUUCGGUUAUGCAUUCCCCGGAACUCUAAAAAGUUUACUCAAAAACUAUUUUAGAAAUAGUACCCAAGGUUAA